UUUAUAAAACAGCUGAACAGAAGAACGCAGAGAGAUUAAACGGAAUUUGUCUCUCAGAACAUUUGAUAUAGAAAUUCUUAUCUGCUUUGCAAGAGAUCUGACAAAAAGACAAGGGGAAAAUCACCAUUUCUGAAGACUGACCAGUUCCUUCCAUCUCCUACCAUGAUGCUUCUUCUAUAUUGGAGUAUUUUAGUCAUAAUAUUCCCUCAGUUAAUAAUUACCAAGGCCACAAUGUGGAGUGUAAUGCUUCACUUUGAUAGUAAAUACAAAUUUGUACACAUUUCUUUGGAUAAGGUUAAGUAUGUAAACAUAACAAGUGAGAAGGAGCAAGGAAAUUUCAACACUGAAUUUGAAUUAGACAAUGCAACAAAGCCAAGUUUUGUAGAAUCUGAUACGGGUAGAAUCUAUUGGGCAACUGUUCAAAAUCUUGAUCUUCAAGAAAACUAUUAUGGCAAUUGCCCUUACACAUUUUGUGAUAAGACAAUGAUCACAUUGCGGAAAAGGAAGCUGUUUGCCUUAAGGCUGUUUUUUUUAUGCUCUGGGCCUGAGGAUGCUGUUUUUAGCACCAUUGCUGAUGCAGUCAAUAUAGCACAAAAAUCUGGUGGUGUUAUCACUAUGGUUAUCACUUCUGGUUGCCAAUGUAGCUGA